AUGGCGGAGGGAAACAAUCUCCAAGUCGCAAACGCGAUAGAGUCCCCGCGCGCGGCGACAUUCCCCGGUUCGGCCACAUCGGAUGUCGCAUCGGGCUCGAGUAAUAGUUUACAAGAUACCCAGCGGAACACUCGGCGCCCACCGGCCACGGGGGCACCUAUACGAGAAUCCACGUCGAAUACUCUCCAGGGGACCAAGACCGAAUCAAGUGCUAUUGACCCGUUGUCGCAGCACAUUAUCCAACGCACCAAUACCCAGAAAUCUAUUCCUUUGAAAUUAUGGGGGAAAGCAUCAUACGAGGCAGAGGCCGUGGGUUCGGAAUACAGCCAGCCCGAGAAGAGCACCGGUGAUUCAUCGUCUAUCUCAAAGGCCCCCAAAGAGAAGAAAAAAGGUGUAUCUUUCCUCAGUCGAAUCAUUGGAAACAAGAAGAAGGACCAAGCCUCGGAGACGGAGGAUGAGGUAUCGGAACCUGAGGCGAACCGCAUGUCUGUCGACACUUCUCAUCCGAUCGGCUUCAUCCCUCGACAUCCUGCUCCAUCGAAAUACCUGAAGGUGCGAGCUCAUCAUAAGAAAGAGAAGACUUUCAAUCGUGUGUUCCUCGCACAGGAACUGGAGGGUGUUCCGCCGCAGAAAGUCGCAGAUAGACGGAUAUCCACAUCAUCUGCCCUGGCGCCCAAUGGCGAUAAUACCGGAAAGGCUGUCUGGGCUCUUGUAUUCUCCAAAGACGGCAAGUAUUUGGCAGCCGCAGGUCAAGACCGGAAGGUCCGAGUCUGGUCAGUCAUAUCGACACCAGAGGAACGCGAAGAUUAUCUUGCAGAUGAUGAGGCAACCCCCGUAGAUGCGCAAGACAUUCCCCAAUUGAAUGCUCCUGUUUUCAAAAAAGACCCUAUUCGGGUAUACGAGGGACACACAGGGAGCAUAUUGGACUUGAGUUGGAGUAAAAAUAACUUUCUUCUCUCCUCGUCGAUGGACAAAACAGUCCGACUUUGGCACAUCUCUCGCUCGGAGUGUCUCUGUUGUUUCCAGCACAGCGACUUCGUGACCUCGAUUCAGUUCCACCCGCGUGACGACAGGUUCUUCCUUGCUGGGUCUCUUGACACAAAACUGCGUUUGUGGAGUAUCCCUGAUAAAAGCGUGGCUUUCGUCACUGCUGUGCCUGACAUGGUCACUGCAGUGGCUUUCACCCCAGAUGGCCGAUACUCUAUUGCUGGGUGUCUCAACGGCAUGCUCACCAUCUACGAUACCGAGGGUUUGAAGGUAUCAUCUCAAAUCCAUGUACGAUCAGCCAGGGGCCGCAAUGCGAAGGGCAGUAAAAUCACCGGAAUUGACACAAUGUCGGUACCUUCAAACGACCCCCAAGGCGAUAUCAAAGUAUUGGUCACCAGCAAUGACUCCCGAAUCCGGAUGUAUAACUUCCAGGACCGAUCACUCGAAGCCAAGUUUCGUGGCAACGAGAACACCUGCAGUCAGAUCAGAGCGACUUUCACCGAUGAUGGCAGACACAUCAUAUGUGGCAGUGAGGACCGCAGGGCCUAUGUGUGGCCCAUAGGGGCAGUUGAGGGAGACUCUGAAAAACGAUCCGUGGAAGUAUUCGAGACUCAAUCUGCCAUAGUGACAGCCGCGAUCACGGCACCCACGCAAACCAAACAAGCGCUGGCAUUAUCCGAAGACCCCAUCUUCGACAUCUGCAAUCCACCCCCAGUCGCCCUCCUCGGCCCAGAGUCAGGAGAGCCACCAAAGGAAGCAGCCUCGUCCAAAGGUAACGGAAACACGCACAAGCGCUCGGCGUCAGCGCCCCGUCUAUCAAUUAUCAGCAAGAUGGCCCACGAGUCUCCCGCCUACCUCUCCCGCUCGAAACACCCAGAUGGCAAUAUCAUUGUGAUAGCCGACUACUCCGGCCGAAUCAAAGUCCUCCGACAAGACUGCGCCUACCAUCGGCGCCGCUACGAGAACUGGAACGCCAACUCCAGCAUUUCGCGCCGAAUCCUCCGCCGCACAAACUCCGGCCGCCACAGCCUCGCCUCUUCAGUAGGCAAAGACUCCCACAAGACACCCUCGGAACGCAUCAUUUCAUGGCGCAAUUCCGUCGUCCGCGGCCGCUCAUCCACCGACGGAUCCCGUACGGGCCUCCGAACCCGCAGCCCCUCCCCUCAACACCGCAACGCCACCUUCCGACUAUCCCGCCCGUCAAGCCUAGCCCCACAAGAGUCCCUCUCUGCACUAACGACAUCUCCGCCUGCUUCGCCGCGCAGAUCCCGCGUGGAGAAUCAGAAUCGUCCAAGCAUAGAUACCUCGCAGAACACCAAGGUUCCGGCUUCGAACGAAGUCCCUUCAACUUCAGCCGAGCUCUUGAUUAGCGGCAAAGCGAAAGACAACCCUCUCUGGCUGCAAGGUGAUCGCAGUUAUGCGUACUGGAACAAGAUUACGCACGAUGCUCUCGCGAUGCGCUCGCGAAAGUCGAAUGACUUGCUUAGUCCGGAUAGUAUCACCUCGCGGGAACGAAAGAUGAGUACCGCGGGCAGUGUCUUGAGCAGUGAUUACUCGUCGGUGGGUGAGCCGGAAGAUGAUGUGCUGAAAUGUGAGAUGAUGUGCUGA